AUGCCUGAAGAAGAUGCAUACUCUGAUGACAUCGACUAUCUUGGUGAAGACAAAGAUGCUCUAGAAGCCCUCCUCCCUAUCGCUACUAAGGUGUUCAAAGAGUGGAAUCUGAAUAUUAAUGAAUCAAAGACAGAGUUUGUACACGUCUACAUAGCUGGGAAAGAUGAGGUCAUGGAUGAUGGUAAACCCCUUAGAAUGAAUGAAGAAUGGUGCAGUAGCAAUUUGUUGGGUUCUCUGCUAGAAAGUAGGAAAGAUGUCACCAGAAGAAUCAUGUUAGCCAAUGUAGCAUUCCAGAACUUCAAGAAGGUAUGGUGCCAGAGUAAGAUCCCCCUACAGAAGAAGCUGAAGGUCUUUGAGGCCCAAGUAGUAUCUAUCCUCAUGUAUAACUCUAGUUGCUGGGGAAUGCCUAAAUCGUACUGGGACAAACUAGAUGCAUGUCACCGUAACCACCUCAGAAAGAUCAUGAAUGUCAGCUGGCCACGCAGUAUGAUGUCCAAAGAUACCCUCUACAAACAGAGUAACUCUACCCCUAGAGUAUGGGACAUGGUAGACUCUGGAAAGUGA